UUGUGCCAUGCAUCCUGCAAAGGUUUAGUGUAUAUAUCUAUAUCUAUAUGUAUAUAUAUAUAUAUAACAUGGCAAUUUAAAGUAUCUUUAGCGUCUCAGUACAGACUCUAGUGAGAAUUCUUGUAAAAAAACAAGCUUUGACCUUGCAUGAAAGUCAAUAUAGCUGGAUUGGUCAUCUAAAGUGGGCGAUUAUAACUCAACGAUUUUCUGCAUUGAGACAAAUGGAUGACCAAACAACAGUGUGAAUGUGUAUUUAUAUUGCAAGCUGUGGCCCAUUUGUUCUGGAUGGUGGACCCUCCAGUAGAUACACCUUCCUUAGCUAAGACUGUUAGCUAUAGGGAGCUAGCUGAGAGUAAACUGCUUGUCAAUGAUAAGUGAAAUAACCAGAUCAGAGCAGAGCUCCUUAAGGCCUCUUAUCUCCCUCUCAACAGCCAGGCCUGCUAAAGCAUCGUAAUCUCUCUCCCGCACACUGUGGUGGUUUGAUGUUUGCCUCAUCUGUAGUGAACAUGGAGUGGCUUGAAGGAGAGUGGUUCAGAUCGAUGGACAUUGAUGUAGGCCCAUUACUUGAGCUGGUUGACUUCCUUCCUGCCUAAACAGGUCUGCAAUCAUUGGUUCGAAGUCCCAAAAGAUUGGCUUCUCACUUAUCUGGACUGCAAAGUCUGACAAUGCGGGGAAAUUUAAUAAUGUCUGCAUGGGAAGUUAACUUUAACUUAAAGCUAAGACAUGGCUGUGUAAAUAUAGAGUUCCAGAUAGGUGCUGUGUUGUGUACUGCCUUUUAAAAGAAGAAGGCAGCACAGACGCAGUGAAGCCAAUGUGUUUGUGCUUGUUGAGUUUUGUUGGCUAUUUGGACCAAUGAGUUACCUUAUUGCAUUUAUUUGUAAAUUAACACUUUUACCAUCAACUUAACAAGUUUAACUGAUAUAAAUCCCCCUAGUGUCAGGUGGCAAAGGAAUAGCAGUUAUCUGUGCUCCCAGAAUCCUCUGUUCUCAGGGUCUGUAUGUUCAAUAUUCUGGUGUUUGGGUCAGCAUUAUCAUUUUACAUGUGCUAUACACUAUAAGCAACUAUAGAUUAUGCUUUUAUGGUUCUCAUGCGUUGUCCAAAUACUGACAUGUAACAAGAUCCUUGGAACACUGGACCCUUUCCCAUUACAUGCCAUACAAUAUAAGCCCGGGGAGCAUGGGACCCCGUGGAGCAUAUGCGGGUGGCUGUAGCUCAAGACUUCUAAUUAAAGUGUAAAGCACUUUGAGUUGUUGAUAAUACCAAAAUUGAAGUAAAUAAACUCAUCACAUUUAUGUAGAACUCGAGAGAUCGUGACCCUUUUUUAUAUUUCUCAUACUUCUUUGUCAUGUUUCCAUUAUGUAUCAUGUAAAUGUGGAGAACAACCUAACAACAUAGCGUUGCUCCUGCAUCACUAUAAUGUUUUUCUGAGACAAUCAAUCCAGCUGUUGACAUUUUAGAGCUUUUUAAUUAGAGAAAAUAUUACUCAGUGUAGAAGUUUGUCAUCUGGUUUUUCUGCCUGGCUUUUUGUCGCAUGGUUACUAUUGUGAAAUAUUCUAUUUGAACCCAAACAUUAUUUUCCCCCUUAACCUUAAAGUAACCACUGUAAUGAAACCAUGAAGGAGAAAACCAAACAGAAAUAAAAUCAACAAAUUAACAAAGUAAAAUCUAAUCAGUGUUGAUGACAACUGUAGACCUACAUGGACUUUAUUUUUUUGAUAGGAUUUCUAAAUGAGUUGCUGCUUGGAUUCCUCACCUCUUUUUCCUUAAUUACCUUGAUUAAUGACAGCUCAACAACAUGGUUGGUCAGUUAGGUAAUGUAACAUCUUAGGAAGAGAACCAGCAUAGGAAUGACCCUGCAGUUACUGCUAAAUAUGCUAAACAGGCCUACUGUAUGUAGUUUUUUCUUUCCUUUUUGUGUCAUUGUAAUUCAUUUCUAAUUGGAUGCUAUGGCAUUAAAAAAAAAAAGCUAAAAGGAAAAAGUUGUAAAAAACAAGUAGGGAUAGCAGCAAGGCCUCUUCCCAGCUAGCAUGUAACAGAUUAUUAAAAAAAAUGGAUAUGAUACGUCUCAAAUCAGUCUUGACUAUGCUUCUCCUGUGCUUUAUGUUUGUGGGGCAGUGUUACCACAGUAAGGCUGUAGAGAUGCACAGAUACUGGAUCCAAUAAACAUUUACUGUCUGCCUUUGUGUUACUUUAAGGCACUUUAGAUAAAAGCUUUCACUAAACAGUACAGUAUAUAUUAUAGAUAGACUUGAGUUAGCUUUGUUGUAAGUGUAUCAUUUUUUGUCCCUGUGUUUUCUGACUGUUUUGCGACUAGAGUUAGAUUUGUGUUCUUAUACUAAUGCCUAUGAACAUAACCCUAAUUUUAUUCUGGAUCUAAUUACACAGCCUGAGCAGUGAUGCCAGGAUUUCAUGCUUGCAUCAAAAUUUAAUUAUGAACUAUUCAUAGCAUUAACACUGCAAAAAGUGACCUGAAUAGCAAAUUAAAAAAGAAGAAGAAGAAAAAGCUGUUGUAUCAUAGUGGCAGAAUUAAAUACUUCUCCUCCCCCGGGACUUAAUCUCAGGAGGGAACAGCUCUUUUUUGACAUAGGGUGGCACGUGUCUGGCAUAAUUUAAUUACACCCAAAAAUCAAAGUGAAGAAGUCCCUUUCUCUUCUUGGAUCAAGAAAUACAUUUGUGGGAUUUUUUUUUUCCCCACAGAUUACUAACUUUACUAAUGCCUUUUAAAUAAACAUUGAAAGAGAACUGCUAAAUCAAAUACUGAAAUAGGAGCUUCUCAGAAAUGAAUAUGCUUUUCCUCUCAUUCUCCACAGCUUUUGCCAUAUUUGCAGUCCAACUUGACGGGAUUUAAGCAGCUGGAAAUUCUUAACUUCAGGAAUGGAAGUGUUGUGGUAAACAGCAGGAUGAAACUGGACAAGCCCGUACCUUAUAAUGUCACAGAAGCAGUGCACUGCGUGCUUGAAGACUUCUGUAAUGCAGCUUCCAAAAGGCUUGAUAUUGAAAUUGACAGUCGCUCCUUGGAAAUAGAACCAGCUGACCAGGCAGACCCCUGCAAGUUCCUGGCCUGCAAUGAGUUUUCACGCUGUGUGAUAAACAGUUGGACCAACGAGGCAGAGUGUCUGUGUGAUCCGGGCUACAGCACAGUGGACGGGUUGCCUUGUCAUAGCACUUGCACCCUGCAGCCAAACUACUGCCUGAACGGAGGCCUGUGUGAAAUAAUCCCAGGCCAUGGAGCAACCUGCAGAUGCCCCGUGGGUAAAUAUUGGCACUACCAUGGGGAACGCUGCAAUGAGCUGGUGUCAGUGCCGGUAGACCCGUCACUAAUUGUAACCUGCCUUGUGGGAAGUCUCUGCCUUGUUUGCGCCGUCCUUGGCAUUAUAAUAUUCAUCAACAAGAAAUGCAUAAAAACCAGAAAGGCUGUAACUUUGGUGCAGACUCUUGCCCCUUAUGCCUUUGAGAAUACUUUGAGGGAGAACCCAGUAUUUGAGAAUGACGAUGGUGUCUUAACUCACGUGUCCACAUUACCGUGCCCGUCAACUUCUGCUUCCUCCCAGUCCCAACACUCUGAGCAAGAACAUUUUGCCUCCAUUGAAAAUAUACAUCUGAGUAUCGAGAUCCCCAGACAACUCUACACAACAAGAUCAGAAAGAUUAGUCUCAGAAAUGGUGGAUUUUCAUCACUGUAUACCACACAAUGAGACGUGGCGACUGUCAAAUGAAUACAGAACGUGUCAUGUUUUAAGGGCAUCGGAUAAUGAAUGUUUCGAAGUUUCAGUUCUCUGAUGACUCCUUGCUCGUUUGAAGAUCCGUCAACGCACUAACACGGUGCGAAACAGGAGGGAGGAAAAAAAGAACUAAUGUUGCUGUCUAACUGUAUAUGGGUGCAGAUACCGUAAAGCAGUGAUCAAGUUUAAUUGUUCAUAGUGAUGAAAGUCUCUUGUUAGACAGAGAGCUAUGGAUACUGCUGUGCACUUAGGUUGUGUUCAAGUGGAACCUAAUAUUUAUUUUAUAUAAUGAAUGGUAGGAACAUUUCCUGUAUACCCUUGACAAAGGUUUUUCUUUCCUCACAAUGAGGUAUUUAUUAUUUACAUAAAUACAAGGUGUUUACCACCACCUUGCUUACAAAAGGUGGUAUCUUUUGUUUAGACUUUAUGAUAUUGUUUACGGCAAUGCCAUCUUUAACAUUACUGUGUUCCAAAAAGAGACUGAAUGCAUAAAGUAUUUGGUCAUACUGCAUUAUUCUUAAAAAUACUGGUGUCUGUACCAUUUACAAUUUUUAACCACUAAUCAUGUGUCCAUUAAUACCAGGACAUUUGUUUUUGCACAUUCUAUUUAAAACAAAAGAAUAAAAAGUUUUUGAAUUAACAAAAACAUUUUUCUUUGUUUUGGCAGCUCAGAGUGUGUUAGGUCUGUGUAAUUUGAUCAUAUGUAAAGAACGAAUAAAGAAUGAGUUUAAAGCCUGACGUCAACGAACUUGGUUUUUGAAAUAAAAUCAAGAUUAUUGUGUUUGAGUCCUAAAGCACCGUACAGUAUACUCCUCUUACAGUCAGUUUACAUGUACUACUAAGUCUUUACGCAGUCUUGUAAUUUCUCUGUUUUUGUAGUUUUCAGCAAUUGUUCUCCAGCCUCUUUGUGCGUUGGCUGAACCCCUGUUGUGUCUACACAUAACAGAAAACGUUUUUAAACCAUUAAAAAAAAAAAA